GGCCCAAAGCCCCAAAUGUUUCAUCCAGUCCAUUCUCUACCGCGCGCUCAUCUCUACCGCCAGACGGUCGGAUGCUAUAUAGCCCUCUCAGUUUUCAGCUUCUCCUUGCCCUCCUUAGUCGGACGCAGCUUACACGCCGUUCAUCUAACAUCCCGACCGACCGUUUGAGGUUAGUCGAUUAUUAAUAAGUGCCUUCUUAAGCUGUGGUUUAAUACCAACCAAUACGCCCACAGUUUCUCCUUAAUAUGGAGAAGAACCGAAUUUUAAUGACUCAAUGAUGAUGUCAUUGUGACAUCAGGCGGGAGCAGUUAUCUUAGCCGGUCCAGCUUUUAUCUUACCCACAGUUUUUUAUUGCUUACUCUAUAGAGAAGUUUUGCAGAGUUGUUGGAGUGAAAAAGUAGACACUAUUAGUUCAAUCCAUAAAGUGAUAGGCCGAGCAUGUUUUUUCCCCUCCAUUGGUGGGGAUAAGUUGUAAAAAGCUUUAGUUUUGUUACUGGGGAACACUAAAUAGGUAUGGUUGUCGUCAUGGUUAGAGUUGUACCUUAUUUUGCAGAACUCCCACUGCAUGGACAAUCAAGAGUCCCAGUUGGAUGCUUUGGGAUCACUAUCCUUGCACUCCUCAUCCUCUAGCCCCUGCAAUUCCGAGCCCGAGAUGAGUUUGGAGGAGAGAUUUGACAUUGUUAGGAGCAUAGGGGAAGAGUGUAUCCAGGACGAAGAGUUAAAGAAUCUGUUGGCGAAUAAGCCUCAACCAAUAUGCUAUGAUGGAUUUGAACCCUCUGGUCGGAUGCACAUUGCUCAGGGUGUUAUGAAGACAAUUAACGUUAACAAGUUGGUAUCUUCUGGCUGCAAAGUAAAGAUAUGGAUUGCAGAUUGGUUUGCCCAACUAAACAACAAGAUGGGUGGGGACUUAAAGAAAAUUCAAGCUGUUGGUCAGUAUCUGAUUGAGAUAUGGAAAGACGCGGGAAUGAAUCUGGAGAGUAACAAAGUUGAGUUUUUAUGGUCCUCUGAAGAGAUCAAUUCUAGAGCUGAUGAGUACUGGCCAAUUGUUAUUGACAUUGCACGGAGAAAUACGCUUCGUAGAAUAUCGAGAUGCUGUCAAAUAAUGGGUCGCUCUGAACUAAAUGUAUUGACUGCUAGUGCUGCCCAAAUAUUCUACCCAUGCAUGCAGUGUGCAGACAUAUUUUUCCUCAAGGCUGAUAUCUGUCAAUUGGGAAUGGACCAGCGAAAAGUGAAUGUGCUUGCAAGAGAAUACUGUGAAGAUAUAAAGAGGAAAAACAAGCCCAUCAUUUUGUCUCAUCAUAUGUUGCCUGGCUUGCAGAAGGGUCAAGAGAAGAUGUCCAAAAGUGAUCCGUCAUCCUCCAUUUUCAUGGAAGAUGAAGAGGCAGAUGUGAAUCUCAAAAUAGAGAAGGCUUUCUGCCCUCCCAAGGUUGUAGAGAAAAAUCCGUGUCUAGAAUACAUCAAGUACAUCAUCUUUCCCUUAUUUAAUGAGUUCAAGGUGGAGCGAAGUCUAGAGAAUGGUGGUAACAAGACCUUCUCGACUUUCGAGGAACUUGUUACUGACUAUGAAUGUGGUAGCUUGCAUCCUGCUGACCUUAAACCCGCUCUCUCAAAAGCUCUGAACAAGAUCCUGCAGCCUGUGCGUGAUCAUUUCAAGAACGAUUUCAUGGCAAAGGAACUUCUUAUGAGGAUAAAGAAGCAGUCAUCCAUGGACAAUCAAGAGCCCCAGUUGGAUGCUUUGGGAUCACUAUCCUUGCACUCCUCAUCCUCUAGCCCGUGCAGUUCCGAGGCCGAGAUGGGUUUGGAGGAGAGAUUUGAUAUUGUUAGGAGCAUAGGGGAAGAGUGUAUCCAGGACGAAGAGUUAAAGAAUCUGUUGGCAAAUAAGCCUCAGCCAAUAUGCUAUGAUGGAUUUGAACCCUCUGGUAGGAUGCACAUUGCUCAGGGUGUUAUGAAGACAAUUAAUGUUAACAAGUUGGUAUCUUCGGGCUGUAAAGUAAAGAUUUGGAUUGCGGAUUGGUUUGCUCUACUAAACAACAAGAUGGGCGCGGACUUGAAGAAAAUUCAAGUUGUUGGUCAGUAUCUGAUUGAGAUAUGGAAAGCUGUGGGAAUGAAUCUGGAGAGUAACAAAAUUGAGUUUUUAUGGGCCUCCAAAGAGAUAAUUUCUAGAGCUGAUGAGUACUGGCCACUUGUUAUGGACAUUGCACGGAGAAAAACGCUACAUAGAAUAUUGAGUUGCUGUGAAAUUAUGGGUCGCUGCUAUGCACAAGAUGAAUUGACUGCUGCCCAGAUAUUCGAUGUAUCGACUGCUGCCCAAAUAUUCUACCCAUGCAUGCAGUGCGCAGACAUAUUUUUCCUCGAGGCUGAUAUCUGUCAACUGGGAAUGGACCAGCGAGAAGUGAAUGUACUUGCAAGAGAAUACUGUGAAGAUAUAAAGAGGAAAAACAAGCCCAUCAGUUUGUCUCAUCACAUGUUGCCUGGCUUGCAGGAGGGACAAGAGAAGAUGUCCAAAAGUAAUCCGUCAUCCUCCAUUUUCAUGGAUGAUGAAGAGGCAGACGUGAAUCUCAAAAUAAAGAAGGCUUUCUGCCCACCCAAGGUUGUAGAGAAAAAUCCGUGUCUAGAAUACAUCAAGUACAUCAUCUUUCCUUGGUUUAAUGAGUUCGAGGUGGAGCGAAGUCUAGAGAAUGGGGGUAACAAGACCUUCUCGGUAUUUGAGGAACUUGUUACUGACUAUGAAUGUGGUAGCUUGCAUCCUGCUGACCUUAAACCUGCUCUCUCAAAAGCUCUGAACAAGAUCCUGCAGCCUGUGCGUGAUCAUUUCAAGAAUGAUGUCAAUGCAAAGGAACUUCUUAAGAGGGUUAAGAGCUACAAGUUUGCCAGGUAAUGCAAAUGGACACGAGAUAUUCAUCUUCAAACCCUCCAGUUUAGAGCAGAAAACUAGGUUUUUUUAUUACAGAUUAAAGAUGUUUUGCUUGGUUAUUUUGGAGGUUGUUCUAGACUUCUGGAGCGUUCUGCAUUCACAUUUCAAGCUAUAGAAAAGGCAACAUUUUUAUUUAUGAAGUUGUAGGAUCAACAUAACGUCAUUUGUAGCACCAUGGAAUAUACUAUGUGGGUGUUUGGAUCUAAUUCUUAAAACUGCUUUUGCUUUCUGAAGGAGCAGAAACAGAAGUUGGAGUGUUUGGGUGAAAGUGAAGAAGUAUUUAUGAUGCUCUAAUUUAUUCUUAGAAGUAGUUUUUUUUAAAAGCUGAGGGAGAUCAACUUUUGAAAACUAAUUUUGAUUCAGCUUCUACUUUAAAA